AUGUCAGCUCAAGCUCCAGUUCCCGCCAUAAACCUUGACAUAACCCUGGGCGCCUUAUUGGUCGGGUCGUACAUUUCUUGUACACUCUUCGGUUUUACGUGUCUACAGACGUACAAUUAUUACACCAACUAUUCUGAUGAUCGGUAUUUCCUUAAGACAUUCGUCGCGUGUAUCUGGAUCCUCGAGUUUGUACACACGAUUUUCGUAACCCGCACUUUCUAUGAAAUGGGAGUCACAAACUUUGGAAGCUUCGCGGAUUUCCUUGAGCUGCCAUUUGUAUUAAAAUUUUCCAUUGUGUGGAGCAACUCGGUAGCAUGCUCUGUCCAGGCAUUUUUCGCAAACCGGAUUCGCGUAAUGUCUGGUCGUUGGGAACUGUCCAUCCUUUGUUGGACUUUAUCGGUUCUGCGUUAUGUUGCCUCUCUCGUCGCAACAGCAGAAGAGAUCAAAAUAAAAAACCAAGUUGCAUUUAAUGCGAAAUUCAAAUGGAUCAUUGUCCUCGUAUUGGCAGUAGGAGCCGUGAAUGACGUGCUUAUUGCGGCAGGCUUGAGUCUCUAUCUGAGCAAGAGCCGGAGUGGAAUAAAGACUACGGACCGAAUUGUCAACAGGCUCAUUAAAUUUACAAUACAGUCUGGACUCCUGACGAGUGUUGUUGCCACAGCCAUGUUGAUCUGCUACCUAACGAUGCCGGACAACUUCAUCUGGCUUGCUCUGUUUGUAUUCCUUGCCAAAACAUAUUCCAACUCAUUCCUAGCUACCCUAAACGCACGAAAGAGCCUACGCUCUCAUUUCGGUAGCAGAGAUAAUGGACACUCCGCAGUCGCAUUUACGUCCGUGAACGGCAGUUUCGGUACAGGCCAGGCUUCAACGACACGCCAAAAUACCUCCAACGUAUCAAACUCACUGCAACCGAAGUCAAAGAAGCAUCAGCCAAUUGCGAUAGAAAUGACGAACGUCACGACAACAUCAUCGGAUGAUGAUUAUGCCAAGGGAAUUCACAGUGACAAUUCAUUCCUUGACACUGGCCAUGCCAGAUCUGAGCGCACAUUCUACCCUAUCUGA